UCGAAGGAAAAGGCCGAUUCAAUGGAUGCGGUGGAUUCAGAAGGCCACAAUCUACCAAACGGGCAAUCGGCAGACGAUAGGGAGCCCCUCGAGCAGUCUAAAUCUUCCAAAAAGAGAAAACGCGAAGCCGAUGACGAGAGUGGGAAAGAGUUGAUUGAUGGUGUUGAAAAGAUGAGCUUCAAGGAGCGGAGUAAAGCAGAAAAGAAAGCCCGAAAAGCUGAGAAGGCUGCUAAAAAAGCGAAGAUGUUGCAAACGUUGGAGGAGCUCAACUCUCAGACGCUUUGA